AUGGAUCCGCGGCAGCACGUACAGCCUGUAGCGGAGCGCCGCUCGGUACCGUGCGGGACGAAGCCUCGCCACUCCCGCCGGAAGUUCUACUGCUGCCUGCGGGCUGACAGCGACAGCGAUGCGAGAGAGUCGCCCGAGAAGAAGCCGCCUGUAGCAGCGGCGGGGGUGGGGGUAGCGUUAGGGAGACCGGCGCCCGCCCAAGCUUGCGACGUGGACUGGCAGCCUCUCUCACCGCGCAUGUUGUCCUCUUCCCCCGACAGGUCCAGCGGCUUCAGGACGGAGAGGAGAGUAAUGGAGGCCGGGGAUGCAGUAGAGACGCCCCGCUGUACUACUACAGAUACAGAUACGGACACGGACUGUGCCCUGGCCAGAACACUCGCCGACACGACUUUAGAAACCUCGCUCGACACCGUGCAGUGGCACACGCCCACUGACGACCAAGCGUCGGGAUGCCCCUUCUCACGACUUGCCCGUGAACACAUCGCGUCUCCGCAAGGAGGGGAACUAGAAGUGAAGAGAGCGGGGGAAGGAGACGCCCUCCCCGCCGGGGUGACCAGGCCUCCUCCCCCCGCUAACGAGAGGAAGACGUCGCGGUCCGAACUGUUACCGUCCGACGCCACGAGGCGCGUGAGCAGCGAGAGCGGGCUGGGUCCCGACCUGCGCCGGACCAGCAGCGAGAGCGACUCGGAGCCCCGCAAGGUGAGCUCCGACUCGUGGGGGGACGUCGACGCCAGCUCCGGCCGCAAGCCUUUGAACCUGGCCAGCCUGGUGGAAGGAGUGGGCGCGCUCAUCAUGCCUUCGCAAAACUUCAUGACCCUUGCCCUCCGCCGUCUGCUGACGUCAUGGGGUCCAGAAAAGUGGGAGGCCAUCAGCUCCAAGCUUGGCCUGCAAGAUGAUGACUGCUUCUAUAACGGGCUGGAAGACACCAGCUGCACGAGAUCCUCGGCUGCAUACGACCCGCAGCUCAUCCACAAGCUGGUCACCACUGCACCGGACAUCAUCGGCGUGGAUGCCCCUACUCUGAUGAAGAACUUUGGGAGUGAAUUCUUCCGCCUGUGCGACCAGGAGUACGGGUUCAUCCUGCGCUCUCUGGGCGCCACUCUUCACGACUUCCUCAGCAACUUCGACUCGCUGCACGAACAGUUCAAAACCCAUCCCAUCUACUGCAACAGGACGCCGCCAUCUUUGCGCUGCAUCCCACGUGACGACGGCAGCCUCGUUCUGAGCUACGCCUCUCCAUCCGGGGACUUGGAGAUGUUCUUGGCGGGACUUUUGCAAGAAGCGUCUCAGCAGAUGUAUAACGUAUCGGUAACGGUGUCACUGACGCAGCCUUGGGACAAGAGCGCCCAGCUCUGCCUGUAUAGCAUAGAACCCAGAGAGCGAAAACGCUCGGUAGGAAAGACGUACCACAGGUCAACAGACGUGUCGUUGAAGCCAGCAGACUGUAAGAUCUCCACCCAGUUGUUCUGCCACACCUUUCCGUUCCACUUCAUUUUCGACAGAGAACUGAAGAUACAACAACUCGGCAUCGCUCUGCAGAGAAACCUACAACCGACGAUCGGCCUGGCCGGACUCAGAGUCACCAACACUUUCGAGUUCAUCAGACCUCUCAUGUCUAAGGACGAAGUCACGUUCGAAGGAAUGUUGGCUCGGACUAACCUAUCUUUCGUCUUAAGAACUAACGUGAAGUCCAAGAAGGCAGACAGCCUUGUGGAGGGCACGGAGCUGAAGGGUCAGAUGCUGUACCUGAAGGAGACAGACUGCGUGCUGUUCCUGGGAUCUCCCAGAGUCAACAAACUAGAGGAGAUGAUGGGGAGGGGCAUAUAUAUCUCCGACGUGCCGAUCCACGACGCUACACGGGACCUGGUGCUGGUGGGAGAACAAGCUAAAGCACAGGACGGCCUAAAGAAGCGCAUGGAUAAGCUCCGUGCACAGCUGGAGGAGGCGCACAUCGCACUGGAGGAGGAGAAGCAGAAAAACGUUGACCUCCUCUACGCCAUCUUCCCACCAGCCAUUGCGCGCAGACUCUGGCUGGGGCAGUCUGUUCCCUCACGGAGGAUAGAGAACGUGACCAUGCUGUUCUCGGAUAUCGUGGGCUUCACGGCGAUCUGCUCCUCCUGCACGCCCAUGCAGGUCAUCAACAUGCUCAACGACUUGUACACGAGGUUCGACAUCCACUGCGGGGCUCUGGAUGUGUAUAAGGUAGAGACGAUUGGAGACGCCUACUGCGUGGCGUGCGGGCUGCACAAGACCUCUCUCACGCACGCGCAGAGGAACGCGUUCAUGGCUAUUAAGAUGAUGGAGUCUGCGGAACAGGUGUGCUCACCUGACGGCACGCCCAUCAGGAUGAGAAUAGGCCUGCACACCGGUACAGUUCUAGCCGGGACGGUCGGACAGAAGAUGCCUCGGUACUGUCUGUUCGGGAACAACGUCGCUCUGGCCAACAAGUUCGAGUCCACCAGUGUACCGCUAAAGAUUAACGUCAGUCCCACUACAUACAGGUGCGUCUGAAAUUCCAAAGGUUUCCACUUCACCCCGCGGUCACGUGAGGAGCUGCCGGAAGGUUUCCCCUCGGACGUUCCCGGAAUCUGCCACUUCCUGGAGAAGUAUGACGUACAGCCUGGUGAUGACGUCAUAGAGGACCUGCAGGAACCCAACCUGUACAUGCGCAGCGAGACGACGCGGCGAACGACCGAGGUCACCAUCCAAGUGGGGGCAGAAUCUCGGUCAUAA